AUGGCUCUACAUAGACAUGUUCCAAUAUUAGUCCUACUGCUGAUUUUUUGGUCUAGCUCUUUGAAUGCUUAUCAAUUCGAACUUGGUGGCGUAGAUGAUUGGAUUGCUAACCCUCUUGAAUCGUUCGAUCACUGGUCUCAACUAAUGAGAAUUCAAGUUAAUGACACUCUUUUGUUUAAGAAUAAGAAAGGAUCAGAUCUGGUGUUGGAGGUAAAUAAAGAUGAUUAUGACAAGUGCAAUAUAGAACAUCCGAUCAAGAAAAUGGAAGAUGAAAACUCUGUUUUUGAAUUUGAUCGUUCAGGUAGUUUUUAUUUUGUUAGUGGUAAUAAGGAUAAGUGUAAAGAAGGACAAAAGUUUGUUAUUGUUGUUGCUGGUAUGAUGCUGCCUCCUUCAACUCCGGUACCAUCACUUGCUCCUGUUGGUUCUCACUUAUCUCCGAAGGCACAUGCACCAGAAAAGGCUCCAAUUGGGGUGUCACCUGGCCCUGUACCGGUGCAUGUUCCUCGGGGUACUAGUUCAGACUCACCUCAAAUAAGUCAUUCACCAGGGGUGGCUCCAACGUUGGCCUCGCCUGGUUCUACUAGUUCUCACUUAUCUCCAGUAUCUAGUGCACCCGAAGAGGAUCCAAUAUUCGGGUUGUCACCUGCCCCUACAGAUUCUCACUCAUCUAGUACGGGCCAUGCACCUGGAAAGGCACCAACACCGGUGCAUGUGCCUCGAGGUAUUAUUUCCGAUCCACCUCAAACAACACAUGCACCAGGGAUGGCUCCAACACUAGAGUCGUCCCAUGGGGUUCCAAGAGCUAGUACACAUCACUCUCCCAUAAAGGCUCCAACACCGUCAUCAUCCCAUGUGCCUUCCGGUUCCCAUUUAGCUCCAACGGCUCUGUCACCAACAUUAGCUAAUGUGCCUUCGAGUAGUGGUUCACACCUAUCUCCUGAAACUCAUGCACCAGGAAACGCUCCAAGUGGUGCGUCGCUUGCCCCUACUGGGUCCCACUUAUCUCCAACAACACAUGCACCCGAAAAGGCUCAAACACCUGCAUUAUCACAUGUGUCUCCAAGUCCAAGUUCACACCUAUCUCCAGCAGCUCAUGCACCAGCAAAGACUCCAACCGGGGCAUCACCUGUUCCUGCUGGUUCUCACCAAUCUCCAAUAGUUCAUGCUCCUGGUAAGGCACCAACACCGACAUCAUCAAAUGUGGAUCGAGCUCGUGCACCUGGAAAAGCUCCAACUGGGGUGUCACUUGUGCCCGCUGGUUCCCACUCAUCUCCAACUGCUCAAGCACCUGUCGAGGCGCCAACUCCAGUGUCGUAUGUGCCUCGAGGUACUGGUUUAACUCCUAUGGCACAUGCACCUGGAAAAGCUCCAUCCGGGUCAUCACAUGCACCUGAUGGUUCUCACUCAUCUCCAAAAGCUCAUGCACCUGUAAAAGCACCAACACCGAUAUCCAAUGUUCCUCGAGGUACUAAUUCACACCCACCUUCUACGGCUCAUGCACCAGGAAAAGCUCCAUCUGAGUCAUCACAUGCACCCGUAAAGGCUCCAACACCAGUAUCAUCAAAUGUUCCUCGGGGUACUAGUUCACACCCACCUUCUACGGCUCAUGCACCCAGUAAAGCUCCAUCUCAAUCAUCUCCAAAAGCUCAUGCACCCGUAAAGGCUCCAACACCAAAAUCAUCAAAUGUCCCUCGGGGUACUAUUUCAAACCCACCUUUUUUUACCCGUGCACCUUCUGGUUCUCACUCAACCCCAAAAGCCCAUGCACCCAUAAAAGCGGGGCCAACACCUGCACCCUCACAUGUUCCUUCCAGUCCUCGCUCACACCUAAACCCGAUUGCUAAUGCACCCAAAACCGCACCAACGCCAACAACUUCGAAAAUAUCUCCAAAUCCUAGCUCACGCCUAUCUCCAACGGCUCAUGAUGCACCCUCACCUACCGUUUCACCGACAACAGCGAAAUCAUCCAACGAAUCUUCUCCAAUUUCAUCUUCUCCGUCAUCAAGUACGCCGCGAUCGGGAACGAAUUCUCCACCGGAAAGUAUUGCUCCGGCCACCGCCGGCGACAAUAUUCCGGCGGACAUUGAUUCACCAGCUAGUUCACCACUCAGUUCUGAAUCAGUAGCAGAGAAAGCAUCAAUUACUCCUUCUAUAUCAACAGUGUCACUCUUUUUUACUCUAAUUUUGGGAUUAAUAAUUUAA